UUCCUCUAUGGCUGCUGGGGCCACCAGUUUUGCCCGGGGCAUGAUGACUAGAGCCAGCAGAAUGUUCAAAAGUGAGAUGGAGGAGGAGGAAAAAACCUCUGAAGUCGUCGCAAGACAUGGACAAAAACCAAAUGAGGUUGUGAUUGGCCAGUUGACAAUAAGUGUAAGUGCAGGCGACCUUACAGAGCAGAAAGUUGAUGCCAUUGUCAACAGCACCAACCUAGAGCUGGACUUUACACAAGGGGGAGUUUCUGUGCACUUGCCAAGAAAUGUGGAAAACAGCUGGAGACUGAGUGUACCACUAAGA